AUGCUUUUCACUCCAUGGAGAAAUGAACAAGUUGAUUUAAUUGGAGGUUACUCUUCCUUUGAAGAACAUUACGAAGCUCGUCGUGAUAAGAUCGGUGAACAAAUGCAACAAUACGCAGUUUGUAUUGAAGACUUAAGUGAAAUUCAACAUCACCUACAAGAAUGUGAUGAUGAUGCGUAUGACACGAUAGCACCAGUUACACAAGACACUGAACGUCAAGAUCAGAACGAAGGUAAUAUAGAUACCCAUCCUGAUUUCAAUGAAAGAUAUGAUGUCUCUGAAGACUUGGGCUGCUUUAAAGCACAAUAUAAACAAGCUGGCGAAGACUUUCGUCGUGUUCACGUAUUAUUGCUUGCUCCAACAGGAAAAGCAGCUUACCUAAUUAAAGGAAACACAAUCCAUAGUGCCUUAUCAAUUCCAGCAAGCCAGUCACUUAAAAUAUAUAAACCAUUAGACUCUGGUAGGUUGAACACUUUACGAUGUGAGCUUGGUGCAUUAAAGUUGAUCUUACUUGAUGAAAUAUCAAUGGUUGGAAACAGCAUGUUUACUGUUCAGUUAAAUAAUCGUUUAAAGGAUUUAAAAGGAAGCAAAGACGACUUUGGUGGUGUUAGCAUCAUUACAAUCGGUGACUUAUUUCAACUUAAACCUGUCAUGGAUAGUUACAUUUUCACUGAUCUCCAGUCUUUAAAUUAUUAUAGUGUACUUACUCCUAAUUUAUGGAAAAAAUAUUUUAAAAUGUUUGAACUUGAUGAAAUAAUGCGAGAAAGAGAAAGUAAAAUGUUUGCUGAAAUCUUAAACAGGUUACGAGAAGGUAAACAUACAACUAGUGAUCUUAAAAAAUUAAAGGAAAGAUGUGUUCAGGAAUCGAAUUGUCCUCGAGAAGCUCCACGCUUGUUUAUUCAAAACGCUUUAGUAGACAAAUAUAACAAUCAAGUAUAUGAAUCAUUUACGGAUAAUAGAUAUACAAUUAAAGCUCAAGAUAGCGUUAUUGGAGCAGCGUCACUUAAACUUAAAGAAAAAAUAAUGAGGCAAAUACCUUAUGUUCCCUUAAGAAAGUCUAAACUAAAACUUGCUGUUGGCCAACGUACUGAAGUUGCAACAAAUGUGCGCACUGAUGAUGGUCUUACAAAUGGGGCUAGUAAUAUUAUUAAGUUAAUACAACUUACUGACGAGAAUAAGCCUUCGGGUCUUAUCUGGGUCCAAUUUGAUUAUGAAGAUGUUGGUAGAAAAACUCGUCAAGAAAAUAGAACGCUCUAUGUUAGAGGAAUUCAAAACACAUGGACACCAAUUAAACCUGUCACAACCCAAUUUUCCGUUGGUAGAACAAAAUCUGCUCAAGUUGUUAGAAAACAGUUUCCACUGCGACCAGCAUCAGCAAAGACUGUUCAUAGAUCACAAGGUGAUACCCAAACACAAAUUGUUGUAAACCUAAACAGUAACAGGGCUAUUCCUCACAUUCAUUACGUUGCUUUAAGUCGAGUAACAGCAAUAGAAGGAUUAUACAUCACUAACCUAUGUGAAGACAAGAUAUCCGUCGAUGAAAGAGUUGUUAAGGAAAUGGAAAUCUUAAGAACUGAAAAUAAAUGA